UCCUUUUGGUUGCUAGACUCAAAAUAGUUUCUAAACAACGCUGCAGGCUCAUCAAAUACAUCCGUUAGCUAUCUUGCUUUAUAGCUUGAGAGAACAUAGAAACGCUUAGUCUUCGCCAGUACCUUCCUAUAUAUUUUGAUAUUUAAGUAUUUUAAUCUGAUAGAAAUGUAUCGUAACAUUUUUAUUACCACAAAGGAGUAUGUGUGAUUGAGACGGGGGAUACAUGAAUUCCAAAAAAGGUCAAGAGAUGGGGGAUGUUUUGGCAAAUGAAGCAGAUCUACUUUUGAUGAUUAAAGAAUACCUGAAGUUCUGUGAGUUGGAGGAAACAUUGAAGAUCUUUGAGAAAGAGUGCAAAAGCAAAGGGAAACCUGUCCCAAAAGCACCAAGCAGCUCACCUGGAGAUUCCAAAACUUUGCAUCUUCAGAAGGAUCUCCUUAGCUCAUUUGAUGAUGGAGAUAUGAAGGUAUUCUUUGAGCUGUGGGCAGAACAUGUUCCUGAAGACAUCCGGGACAAUGACCCAGCUGUCCGGAAACUGGAAUUCUACUUGCACAUUCAUUUUGCUAUCUACCCACUGAAGAACUCUCUUGGAAGACAGGAAAAGGCUGAGAUUGGUGAGCAGAUGAGCCAGUUCAGGCACUACCUGGAGACCAGAGGGGCGGCGCUGAGCCACACCACUGAGUUUCUGCCCUUCUAUGCCCUACCUUUUGUGCCCAAUCCAGCAGUGCACCCUUCAUUCCAAGAGCUCUUCCAGGAUUCCUGGACACCAGAUUUAAAGAAAAGGCUUGAGAAGCUCUUGGCUCUGACACUAAAAGCCUCAGCCACACCGAGGCUGCUCACUCUUGUUUCCUUAGCUGCUGUUCAACAGAGAGACAGUGCAAAAGAAAACAAGGAGAGCUCGAAACAGGUGCAUGCCCAGCUGGCUGAGGCAGAGAAGAGAGCUGCCAGCUACACCAGGAGGUUCAACAGGAUGCAGGCCGACUACCACAACCUCAUUGGUGUGACGGCUGAGCUUGUGGACUCACUGGAGGCCACCGUCAGUGGGAAGAUGAUCUCCCCUGAGUACCUCCAGGGUGUGUGCAUACGUCUGUUCAAUGGGCAGAUGAGGCAAAGCGCUGCUCAGAGCAUUGACUUCACAAGGCCUGGCACAGCCUCCUCCAUGUUACGAGCCUCCAUUGCAGCCCAGCCCAAAGACGUGCCAUUGCUGCCUUCUCUGGACUAUGAGAAGCUCAAAAAGGAUCUGGUAACUGGUUCAGACAGACUCAAGGCCCUGCUGCUUCAGGCACUGCGCUGGAGACUGACGCGUUCUCUACAGGGGGAGCAGAGAGAUACGGUUCUGCAAGCUUUCAUCAGUAACGACCUGCUAGACAGCCACACCACCAAACAGAAGUCUGUGCUCCAUCUCAUCAAAUCAAAGAAUGAGAUUGUGAGGCAGUAUAUGGCUCGACUGAUCAAUGCCUUCGCCUCUCUGUCAGAGGGCCGCACAUACCUUUCUCAGGUGCCAUCUUUGCUGAGACCUCUGGUGGACUGUCUGCAGACAGAAAAGAAGGACUCAGUGACGAGAGAGAAUGUUCUGGGAGCCCUGCAGAAGCUUAGCCUCAGACGCGUCCAUCAGUCUGCUCUGAUCAGAUAUGGACUGAUAGGAUGGCUGGUUGGUGAACUACAACACUCCGACUGUCUUUCUGACUACACUCUAGAAUAUGCGGUAGCCCUGCUCAUGAACCUCUGCUUGCGCACACAAGGAAAGAGACAGUGCAUGGAAAGAGCAAAGCAUGUAUUAAAGGUUCUGACUGAUCUACUGGGACAUGAGAACCGCGAGAUCCGUCCCUAUGUGAAUGGAGCUUUGUACAGCAUUCUAAGUAUCCCAACUGUACGGAAAGAUGCCAAAGAGAUGAGUUUGGAGGAGAUCCUGCACUGCUACACUAAAGAAGACAGUCCUGAGCUCAAUAGACAAAUUGAGUUCAUUAUUAGACAACUAAACUCAGAAGAGGUACUGGAACAUGAGGCGGAGUCAGAUGAUGAAGAGGAGGAGGAGGAGGAGGAGGAGGAUGUAAUGGAGGCAGAUCUGGAUAAGGAAGAGGUUCUUCAGCCAAAUCCUAAAGAGCUCUAUGGCGAGAACCUUCUGACCACAGAGUACUUGGGGAUCAUGACUAACAUGGUGAAAGCCAAGAGGAGAUGGAGUCUCCACUCCUCUCAGACUAUAGAUGAGCCUCUUCAAAGACCCGUCACACCGAGCUCCCACAGGAAUACCAUGGAUGGCCGAGCUGCUUAUGGUGAAGUGGACCCCUCCAGCCUGUUCCAUUCCCCUAUUACCUCUCGCCCCCCCACCCGUAGUGGAAGUCACACUAGCACAAGUGACUCCAUCGGCUGUGCUCUGAACUCUGAGUGCUGGCGUUACUCUCAGGAGUCUGGGCUUGAAGGUUCCUUAGUAGCCAGUGCCCUCCUGACCAACAGCCACGAAAGCAAUGGCCCCUCACAAAGUGACCUCAUCCCUGGCUUUGUGGGCCAGCCUAAGGUUCAGCGUAUGCCUAGUGGUCAUGCAAGCAGUGAGGGCCGCUUGAAAGCCCCCUUGUUGGGCCCCCAGUUCUCCAACAGUGAACCCCAGCAGAGCAGCAGCAGGCCAGGCAGUGCCCCUCUCAGCACCGGCAAGUCACGUGCAUGUGAGCAUGUGGGAACAGCAGCAACUCAGUACAGUCUACAGUCCAAGAGAACACACUCAAGACUAUGAAAGCAAAGCAGGUGCAUUCAGCUCUUUUGCCUUGCUGAGCUGGAGGGCUCACGGUCACACUUCACUCCUGUUUCCAAACUGACACCCGUCUAUCAGUGGCAUGUAACCAUUCUAACAGGAAGUGAACAGGGGCCAUUUGGGCAUGAGAAGUCUGUCUCCCAAGGAUAGCUUCCUGUAACACCAUACAGACGUUAUCAGGGUCAGGCUGACAGAAGGAGCCGUGUGCCAGUGGGGUGGAGGGUACAAUGCAUGCAAUUGUGGCUGAGCUGUUUGAGCCUCUGCCACUAAGCUGCUCUGUAACCCAACACACUUCAGCAAUACUCACAACGAACACUUUUAUUAUGCCAAGCCCCCUGUCCUCCACAAAAGGACACACCUCCCUGCUCUUUCAUUUGCAUGACCCAUCAGCCAAUACCUUGUGCCUUGUCACUUUAUUAAAAAUGUAAAAUGCUUUUCUAAGUCUUUUUUUGUGUGUGAUUUAAACAGAAACCAUUAUUGUAAUACUAUUCUGCUUUUUUGUGUUUUUAUUUGUUUUGCAUUGUUUAUGUUGCAUUUUCUCAAUUUUUAAAUGUGGAUUUAUCCCUGUUAUUUUAAUUGAAUUUAGUUUUUUUUGUUAGUUUUGGUGGUGGUUGGGAUGUCUAGAGGCUUGUCAAGUUGUCCGUUUUCUGAGCAGCUCGUUAAUGACGACACUUCUCAGUCCCAGGUAACCAUCACACUGGGACUUUCCUGUUUUCCUGUUUUCCAAAGCACACGAGCAGAACAUGUGGUCCCCAAGACUGAGCUUAAGAGCUGCUGGGUACUAAUCAUUAAAAGAAUCAGAGUGAAAAAAGAGAUGGCCUGUCUCUGAUUCCUUAACAGUAGCAUUGACCACUGGUUUGUUGGACAUUUUGUAGGGUUUUCAGUGGCUCAGUGCAUUAAUUACCUCCUGUCCAAGCUCAUUUACAUGUGAUCAUGUUUAUUUUAAUUAUUCCUCAAAAAGUAACUUAGAAGUAUUAAUAGAAUUAUGAUGUUUACAACCACUUAAUUAUUUAAAAAAAACUUAAAAGCCUUUGAAAUUAUAGCAAUUUAUCUGGAUGAGGGCCCUGUUGUACUAGUUUAUAUACAAAGAAUGGGCCUGCUAGUGGCAGCUUUAUGGUGCCUCUAAAGCUUGUGGCAGUGGGACAGCUAGUUCUUUGCUAGAUAGCCGAGACUUUAUAUCAUUUAUGAACAUUAGUGUGAACUUGCACGUUCACUCACUUGAGAGCUGCACCUGCCUUUCUGCUAAUGAUUUGUUUGACAUAUACUUAGUGUUCAUUCCAGUACAAAUCAGAUAAUGUGCUUUGAGCUUUAUAAAUCUGUUGCUUGGCAUAGCUAGUGUUAGAGUGUGUCCAGGUAACCACUACACUCACUACUUGUAGGUAUGCAAUUAGAGUGUAUUACCCUUUUCUUCCCAUGUACAAUUGAUGUUUGUUUGCUAUCCUCCAGUUCUUCAGCAGUUGUCACUGCACUUCUAUUGGCUGUAUAUAGUUGGGCAACACACCACUCUUUACACAGAUAUGACAGUAACACCUUUAAAAAAAAUAGCACUGUACGAUAGACUCAUGCCACCUCAGAACUCACUACCACUGCUUUGGUGAGAAUGAAUGAUCUGAUCCCAAAUAACAUCUAGUCAACAGUGGUCCUGUAGUCCUCGCAAAUUGUACAUGAUAACAAAUGGGAACUAUUCUGUAACUGUACACCUAUAAAAUGCAGUUCUAAGAUAGAUGUAUGUAAUAAAGUGACCCUUGAAUGUAGGUAUGCAUUCUAAUAAGUGCUAGAGUGUAGCUACAAAGCAGGCCUUUAUAAGGAAGUCAUUAAUUAUAUAGUCAAUAAAUUGGAAACUAAUUCAAAAGGCAUUCAAAAAUUCAAAAUUCAAAAAUGUUUGAAUUUAAAGAAUGCAGUCAGAUCUGUUAGGGGGUUGAAAACAUUAAAUUACUCACAUUAAGAAGAGUGUGUCAUUGUGCCACACUUUAUGAACGGGUUUUACAGGUUUUUUUUAGGUUUUUCCAAGUCUUUGCAGGCUCAGAGCUCACAUACACAUGCAGCAUAUGUAGGGAUCACAUUUAUUACAAGAGCCUAAGGCCCAGAGACCAAGAUAACCACCAUGCAGCUUCAAACUUCCCUAUCAGUGUUCUUUAGUCAAACCUUGUCCGUGUGCUUCUUGUACUGUCAGCUUUCUGUUUUUAACACUCACCAUUUUAGUUGUUGCUGUGUGAGGUCUAAAAUAUUUCUCUAGACAUGAACUGUAAUAUUUUUGUACAGUAAAUAAACUGCACAAACUUGGA